CGUGACGCAUUCAGGACAACUCGGAUUUAUGGAAACUUCCAACCUCAACAGGUCCUGUGUGUCUAAAUAGUAGGCUAUUUUACUUAUCUUACUAAAACUAUAUCGUGAAUACGAAGGUCAAAUAGCUCUGUUUCAGUGUCUACAUCAGGCAACCGAUAAAUGAAGACUAGACUUUUGGAUAAGUAAAAAUAGAAAUAGAAAAACAAAACCUCCUGAUUUUAAGUCUGCAUUCAAUAUGCAUCUAUGUCUCAGACAUAAAAUAUAUAAGUAAGUGUAAUUAUAGAAAAAUACCGGUGUAAUGUUCAUCUGGGUCCCUGAAGCAUCAUGGGAGGGCGGGAAUAAGUGUGGGCUUCAGGAGUAGGAAAGCAGUCGGACAGGCAGCAGACACGGGAAGUUCUCCUCUAGGAAUUUCUGACAGUAAUGGAAAAAAUUAAGCCUCGAGACUGUAGUGUAGAAUAACCACACCUUGGCUUGUUUAAAAUAUAGGCGAAGUCCCUAUCAAGGUAUUAGGCUGACUCUUAAAACGAACACGAAGGUAACGGUACCGUCAAUUAAAUGACUUCUGCGGACAAACGAACUAACGUUAGAGAAGGAGGACACAGCAAUGGAGGGGGGACGACGGUGAAAGGAUUUGUCCGGAAAGUCCAUUCUCCACACCCAUCCCUUAAUGAUUCACUGGAGGGAGAAAUUCAAGCCUUCCUCAUUGAUGAAGACCAACUCCACACUUAUGACGACCUCACCAAAGUCAACCCAGUGACCCCUACAACAGUGCUGAAAUGCCUCCAGGCCAGGUACAGGGUGAAGGUGUUCUACACCCAUGCUGGCUGCACCUUAGUGGCCCUGAACCCCUUCCAGCCAAUCCCAGACCUGUACACCCUGGAUGUGAUGAAGGAGUAUCACUGCGCUCCUCAGCCACAGGAGUUCAAACCACAUAUCUUUAUAGUGGCAGAAGAAGCCUACAGGAACGUGCAGAACCAGCUGGAGCCGGUGAACCAGUCCUUGGUGGUCAGCGGAGAGAGCGGUGCAGGAAAGACAUGGACGUCUCGUUGCCUGAUGAAAUAUUAUGCCACUGUGGCUGCCGCCUCCUCUGUGGUGAACAGUCAGGACACCGUGGAGAGGAUAGAGAGGAGGGUGCUGGACUCUAACCCCAUCAUGGAGGCUUUUGGCAAUGCCUGUACUCUGAGGAACAACAACAGCAGUCGCUUUGGAAAGUACAUCCAGCUCCAGUUAGACAGGCGUCAGCUGUUAGUGGGGGCGUCUGUACAAACGUACUUGCUGGAGAAGACCAGGGUGGCCUGCCAACCGGCUAAUGAGAGGAACUUCCACAUCUUCUAUCAGAUGCUGAAGGGGGCCACAGAUGAGCAGAGGAAGGAGUGGAAGAUGCCAUGUGGCAAACAUUUUGUGUGGCUGCCAAAUUCAGAAAAAACAGUCGAGGAGGAUUCCUUUCAGGAGACUGUCGAGGCAAUGGUUCAUCUGGGCAUCAAAGCAGAGAGGCAGAGGCAGUUAUUCAGGAUACUAUCAGGGAUUCUGCAGUUGGGGAAUCUGAAUUUCUCUUCAAUGGAUGAAUCACAGCCUUGUGACCUAGAUGAGCAAUCUAAAGACUUCUUGCAGAGGGCUGCUGAUCUGCUGUGUGUCCCCGCUGAGGAGCUUCUCAUGAGUCUGAGAGUGAGGACGCUGAAGGCGGGGAAGCAGAGCGUCCUCAAGCCCUGCUGCCGGGCCGAGUGCAGCAUGAGGAGAGACUGCCUGGCCAAGGUCAUCUACGCACAGUUAUUUGAAUGGCUGGUUACAUUCAUCAACAACAGCAUAUGUGCAGACAAAUCCACAUGGUGCAACUUUAUAGGAGUUCUAGAUGUCUACGGGUUUGAGUGUUUCCAGAUCAAUAACCUGGAGCAGCUGUGCAUCAACUAUGCCAAUGAGAAGCUGCAGCAGCACUUUGUGGCUCAUUAUCUCAGAGCUCAGCAGGAGGAAUACGUGUCUGAGGGGUUGGAGUGGUCCUUUGUCAAAUAUCAAGACAACCAGAGCUGUCUGGAUCUUCUGGAGGGAAGUCCUGUCAGUGUGUUUUCUCUUCUGAACGAGGAGAGUCGUCUUAAUCGUGCCUCAGACGCAAAGACAAUGAAGGUGCGUCUGGAGAAGGAACUCAGCAAUAAUGCCAACAUCAGCUGGGACAAGUUCAGCAAACAGCCGCACUUCACUGUGGCCCAUUACGCUGGCCAAGUCGCCUACCAGAUACAGGGGAUGGUGGAGAAAAACAAGGACCCGGUGCCACCAGAGCUCAUCAAACUGCUGCAGAAGUCUGAAAACUCUCUGCUUCACCACAUCUUCACCGACAAGGAAACUGAGAUUCCUACCAGCAAGGGGCUCAGUAAAGUCACUGUGGUCUCCAAGUUCAAGAACUCUCUGGAGAGCCUGAUGAGGAUCCUCCACACCACAACUCCUCACUACACUCGCUGCAUCAAACCCAACCCUGACUGCAAGCCGCUGACCUUCAAAAAGGAGGAGGUCAUCAUGCAGCUGGAAGCCUGUGGGAUUGUGGAGACUAUUCAUAUAAGUGCUGCUGGCUUUCCAAUAAGAAUUCCCUUCAAAGGUUUCAUGCAACGUUAUGGACUGAUUGCGAAAUAUUCACAUGUCAAGUCAGGCAUCCAUUCUAUUGAUGCGGGGGCUGACUACAUUCUUCGGUGCGGGGUGGAGAAUCUCCUCAGCGUCGUGUCACAGCACGAGGCGUUCGACCCCCUGUGCAAAGAUAACAGUGGAAAACACAAUUCAUGGGUUCACUGCGGGAGGACUAAAGUUUUCCUCACUCAGUUGAUGCUAGAUUUUCUGGAGUACCAGAGGAAGAAGGUCCUGUGUCAGUGUGCCUUCUCCAUUCAGUGCUGCUGGCUGCGGUACCAGCGCCGCAGACGCUGCGCCCGCCUGCUGUCUGCCACUCGGAUCCAAGCAGUGGUGCGGUCCUGGCUGGUGAGGAGGCAGCUCCAGAGGUGGAACAGAGCAGCUGCAGUCAUCCAGAACACCUGGAGGAUGUGGAGGGCACUAUUAAAAGCCUUGGCUGAGACAGAACUGGACGAUGCAAAGGACCUACUGGAGGCGGACGUGCCACAAUUGAACGCCAUCAUCAGGGAGCGGGGCUCCGUGCAGCUCUCCUUCAUCCAGAAGCCCGUCUCAGUGCGAGGCUGGCCCCUGGGCCUGGCUCUGGCCUCGGCCCCGUCCAUCACCAUGUCUCUUACAGCCACAGGCUUCCAGAAGAUGGUGUCUGUGAUGGCCUCCCUCAACCUGCCCUCCAGGAGAGGGGAGUACAAGUUGGAGCCCAACCAGUACUCGCAGGAGCUCGCCUCCAUACGGGCCCAACCCAAGGGAUCUGUAAAGCUGCACUACCGCCGGUCUCCACUCCUCUACGCUGACAGGAAGCCCGACAUGAAGAGCGACAUGAGCGGGUUCAACGCCAUCCUGCUCGAGAAAACAUUGUAAGAGCUCCUCCUUUCGCUGAACACUAAUGUCUGAUUACUUGCACACAGAUUAAGGAUAAUCUGGCACAGAGGUGCUUUUGCAGUGAAGCAUCUGCUCUUCCAUAAUGUGACACAGAGGGAACAAACCUGACAUUUUAUUCUGGCAUUGUGUUCAAAUGUGUUUAAAGGGACCAUUUUCAGCUUCAUCUUUUUUUAAAUGAUGCCAAAGUUGAUCUCUCUCUGUGUUAUACACAGCUGCCAAUACCUACCAAUAUGUCCUUGCCUGGAGAACUGUAAAUACAUAGCACAAACUUAAAACCUUUCAAAAAACCAGACUUCAGGUUUUUGUCUCCUUGAUGCCUCUUCAGAACAUCUGACUGCUGAUUGAAGUAUUUGGCCUUUGACAAGUGCCUUUCUUAUAAUCAACACUCAAAUCAUAAAUGUGCUUAUUUAUUUAAGGGUGAUUGUGUGAUUUUUAUAGAUUUAUUUUGGGUGUAUAAACACAGGUCGGAUGCACAGAUUAUCCGGUUAUUAGAACCAGCAUUUAUUUUGAAAGUAAAUUAUGCUUUAAAAAAGUAAAGUAUUGCACACGUAAAGCACAUCUUGCACAUUAAAACUACACAUCUGCUAAUAUGCAGCUAGAGACACACAAUUAAUGACCAAGCAGAAACGUCACUUAUGUGAUACAGGGAAAGAAUAAACCCAGGUUUAUUCAAAAUGCUGCUUUUUGUUCGACAAGGGUCUUUCUUAUUCGCACAUCUGCCAAAUGUCUGGCCAAAACACUGUGGAUUUGCUGCAGAAAAAUACCAAAGUCUUUGUACUCUAAUGUUUUGUGUCGGAGAAUAAACAUAAGUGCCAUCAAGUUUUGCUAUAUUCUUUUUCAAAAUAUAUUUUAUAAUAACGUGACAAAAUUGUAUUCAUGGAACUGACAUUGAUGUUUAAUAUCCUUUUAAGCUUUUGGCUAAAAGGAUAUCUUGUUAUAUUUCAUCUUAAUUUGAUUACUAAAUAAUGUCUUAACCUGUUUCCAGCUGUUGAUUUACUUAUAUAUGUAUACUGCUUGCCAGUGGUACCAAGGGAUCAAUGUGGAAAACUUGAAAUAUGAAUAUUUAAAUGACUUAUUGAAAUAAACUUUAUGCAUUUUGCUUUCA